AUGAAGGAGGAUUCCGAAAUGCAGAUCUUCGUUAAAACACUCACAGGUAAGACCAUUACCUUAGAGGUAGAGGGUUCCGACACUAUCGAAAACGUCAAGGCUAAGAUCCAAGACAAGGAAGGUAUCCCACCUGACCAACAACGUCUUAUCUUUGCCGGUAAGCAACUCGAAGACGGUCGUACCCUCUCCGACUACAACAUCCAAAAGGAGUCUACUCUCCAUCUCGUCCUCCGUCUCCGUGGUGGUGGUGGUAAGAAGAAGAAGAAGAAAAACUAUGCCACCCCAAAGGUCAUCAAGAGAAAGCCAAAGAAAGUUAAGUUGGCCGUCCUCAAGUACUACAAGUUUGACGAAAACGGUAAGAUCCGUCGUACUCUCCGUGAAUGCACCAACUGUGGUGCUGGUGUCUUCAUGGCCCAACACGCCAACCCAGCUCGUCAAUACUGCGGUAAAUGUCACACCACUCUCGUCAAGGUUGAAAAGACCAACUAA